AAAAAUAAUAAGCUAUAUAAAACACAGACAUACUCUCUGUAAUAGCCUGUGUCCUCUGCCUCCUUCUUCCCCUGGUUUCAUUUGCUUUUCUUGGGUUCUGUUGGUUAAGCUUUUCAUGCUGCGCUGGUUUGGCUUUGGCGUGCUUGGUUAAACCCGAACCAAACGGAAUUUCGUUUCGCCCCCUCUUUUAUCUUUCUCGAUUUUCUCAACCCAUUUCCAGAGUGAGCAUGAGUUUCGUUGUUGGUGAAUUCUGAUUGGGGCAACAAAAGCAUUGAUUGUCACCUGAAUUGUUCGUUAUGGAUUCGACUCGGUCCGAAAUGCAAGAGCCGAGUAUUGAUACCGAUAAGCUGAGCUACGAGAUAUUCUCGAUUCUGGAGAGUAAGUUUUUGUUUGGGUAUGACGAUCAGAAGCUGUGGGUGCCGAAGCAGAUCUCUCCGCCGGCGACUGAGCCGAAAGCCGAGGCCCAGCCCGACCAGAAUGCCGUGAUCAAGAACCAGAGAGGCAAAAUCUGCAUACUCAGCAUCGACGGCGGAGGCAUGCGCGGGAUUCUCUCCGGCAAGGCCCUGGCGUAUCUCGAGAACGCGCUCAAGCUGAAAUCGGGCAACCCCGACGCCAGAAUCGCCGAUUACUUCGACGUCUCCGCCGGCGCCGGCGUCGGGGGCAUUUUCACCGCCAUGCUCUUCGCCACCAGGGACCAGAGCCGGCCGAUAUUCAAGGCCGACGACACGUGGCGGUUCCUCGUUGAUCAGGGGAAGAGGUUUUACAACAACCGCUCGUCGUCGUCGUCCUCCUCCUCCGGCGGGUUCCUGCGGUGGUUCAUUCGCGGCGGGUCGGGUUCCGGCUCCGGCUCGACCACGUCUGCCACGGCCGGGCUGGAGAAGGCGAUGAGAGAGGCCUUCGCCGACAGCAGCAGGAGCCUGACGCUGAGGGACACAUUGAAGCCGGUUCUGAUACCCUGCUACGACCUCUCCAGUACGGCGCCGUUUCUGUUCUCCCGGGCCGACGCGCUCGAGACCGAGAGCUACGACUUCCGCCUCUGGGAGGUCUGCCGCGCCACGUCAGCCGAGCCGGGUCUUUUCGAGCCGGUCCAAAUGCGGUCCGUGAACAGCCAGACCAGUUGCCUGGCCGUGGACGGCGGCCUGGCCAUGAGCAACCCGACCGCCGCGGCCAUCACGCACGUGCUGCACAACAAGCAGGAGUUCCCGUUCGUGCGAGGGGUGGAGGACCUUUUGGUCCUUUCCAUCGGGAGCGGGCAGUUUCUAGAAGCGAGCCACGAGUACGAGCAGGUCAAGAGGUGGAAGGCCAAGGAGUGGGCCCGCCCCAUGGCCCGCAUCUCCGGCGACGGCUCCGCUGACCUCGUUGACCAGUCCGUCGCCAUGGCCUUCGGUCAGUCCGGCAGCACCAACUACGUCCGCAUCCAGGCGAAUGCGACAAGCUUGGGGAGGUGUGGUCCAAAUGUAGAUACAGACCCAAGUCCUAACAAUGUCAAGAUGCUGGUGGGAUUAGCAGAGGACAUGCUCAAGCAGAAGAAUGUUGAAUCGGUUCUGUUUGGCGGCAAGAGGAUUGGCGAGCAGAGCAAUUUCGAGAAGCUAGACUGGUUCGCCGGAGAACUUGUGCUAGAACAUCAGAGGAGGAGUUGCAGAAUAGCUCCCACUGUUGCCUUCAAGCAAGCUGCUCCUAAAGCCACUUAAGUCAGACUGCUACCACCAAACAAUACCAAAAGAUAAUAGAAGCUCAUUACAAAGGAAGAAGAAGAAAGAUGGAGAAGAAGAGAGGAAGAAAAGAAAAGUAUGUAAAUCUUUGUGGGGAUUUUUUUGCCCACCAAAGGACCAUACAUUGUGGGUCUCCACUCCACCUUUCAACAAUGGCUAUGAACCAAUGUGGAGAAAAAGCAUGAGAGAGGGAGUGAGAGAGAGUAAAAGCUUUUAAGGUCAAACAAACAAGAAUCCAAAUAUUCAGGUGUGAAUCUACUGCAUUUCAAAUUGAGGGUUUAGGGUUUUAUACCCUUUGCAGUUUUAUAUUUACAACUUUUCCAUUUUCUGUCUUUUCAUCCUAGCUUAGUCUCAAGAAACUUGAGGUGGGUGGGUCGUGGUGGUGGUAGGGCUACCUUAUUAAAACCCAGAAUUGAAAAGUGGCCAAAGCUCUUCGUUUCUGUCUUUGGCAUUUGGCCUCUAUAUCCCUUCAAUAUUUUCUCAUUUUGAUUAUAGUAGAUUUUAGUGGACAAUAGUUUUUCAGAGUGAGUAUCUUUUUUCAAGCAACUGACCAUAUCUCCUGUGUGGGUCUUCAUGGCUAUAGUUGUUGGAACCUUUUCAUUGGGAGAAAUUUUUUCUUUUCUUUUUGGUCAUGAAUUGUAUGAUAUAGGUUUGAGGGUCCUCCUCUAUUUGUAAGUUUGAUGAUUGAACAAAGAAAACUUCUUUUUGUACAUGUUUUAGUUUUGAGUAGUGGUGGUGGGUGUUACAUAGAUGAUGAAA